AUGAAUAUUUUUCCUCCAUCCCCUGUUUCUGUUCUUGGUGUUCCGUGUUCAAACAUUUUAGGGGUGAUGGGUCAUGUUGUUGGAGGCGCGAAAUCUGAAUGUUCUGAUGUACUCUCUCAGGUUUUGAAACACUCAGUGAUCCAUCCCCAGGAGGGGGAAGAAACAUCUUUUGGGGUUAAGGAUAUGAGCCUGUCUUUGAAACCAGGUGAAGAGCUUGAAGCUAAUAGUUUUUCUGCCGUAGGGAAAAUUAGGCACACUAAGCUUUGUGCCAGAGGGCAUUGGAGGCCAGCUGAAGAUGACAAACUUAAAAAGCUUGUUGCACAAUUUGGACCUCAAAAUUGGAACUCAAUCGCUGAUCAUCUUCCAGGAAGAUCAGGCAAAAGUUGCAGAUUAAGGUGGUUUAAUCAGUUGGACCCCAGAAUUAACCGAAAAGCUUUCAGUGAGGAAGAAGAGGAGAGACUCCUGAAUGCUCACAAAGUGUAUGGUAACAAAUGGGCCAUGAUUUCUAGACUCUUCCAUGGUAGAACAGAUAAUGCAAUGAAGAACCAUUGGCAUGUUAUCAUGGCUAGAAGAAAAAGGGACAAGUCAUGCAUAUACCAAAGGAGAAAACCCACGUUUCAGAUCCUGCCAUCAAAGGAUUUGAAUUUGACCUUGUCAAAGAACGGAAGCAGUGAAUCAGCCAUUUCAAGCACCAUCAUUGAUGAAUCUGGCUCAACAGGAACUUACCUCUCAUUCACUCUCUCUUCAGCCAAACCAACUCCUGUGCCUUUUCACAACCAUUGUCCUGCUCAGAAUCACCAAGUCUUUGGUGUUCUAUUGGGUUUAUCUAGAGAAAGCAGGACACCAGCCAAGGAUGUGGGUUUUAACAAGCAUUUUAGAGCUUGGAACGGUUCAUGCGAUGCUGGACACAUGGGAAAACCCGUGGGUGUGGACCAAUCUCAUUACUCAGAUUCAAACUCAUCAGAAGUUUCAGUAUCUGAAUCAGUUGCCACCAACAAGAUUACCAAUCUCUCAAUGUAUGGGAAAAGUGAAAACAUGGGUAAUAAUAGGACCAGCAUGUUCUUCAUUGACUUUCUUGGAGUAGGAGCUACAUGA